ACGUCCACAAUGACUGGUCGACCGGGCGAUAAACGCUCCACUCUGCCGAGUCGUGGGGCCUCAGUAGAGGCCGCGCACAGCACGGAGAACCUAGCUGAGGAGGAGCGAGAAAGGUAUAUCAUCGAGGAUGGAAUUAGAAAACGGGUUCAACCGGCCCGUAGUCCUCAACGCCAGCUGAACCCGGGCACUGGCAUUGCUGGUUAUCGACAUCCGCGGGCUGGCACGUAA